AGGAAAGUUGAUGAUGACAAGGCAGUGGUGUUGUUUACAUGGAAUUUAGCAAGGCAUUUGAAAAGGUCUUGCAUGGGAGUUUGGUCGGGUGGGGGGUGGUUUCUGUCCCUUGACAUUCAAGAUGAGGUAAUAACUUAGAUUAGUUUUUAGAGCUGUGAAGUGCCACAGGGAUUGGUGCUUGUCAUUUCUCAUCUGUAUCAACAUAUCAACAUCCGUAUCUAUAUCAGUGCUUUGUUGUUUGUCAUUUAUAUCAACAAUCUAGAUAAUAAUGAUUGGAUCAGCAGAUUUGUAGAUGUCACCAAGAUUGGGUGUGUAUUGGACAGUGAGGAAGACUAUCAGAGAAUGCAGCAGGAUCUGAACCAGCUGGAAAAAUGGGCAGAAGAUGGCAAAUGGAAUUUAGUGCAGACAAGUGUCUUACACGGUGAACAGCAGGGCAUUGAGGAGUGCAAAGGGAUCAGGGAAUACAGGCCCUUUAUUCAUUGAAAGUGGCAUCACAAGUAGAGAGGAUUGUAAAGAAAGCUUUUGGCAUAUUGGCCUUCAUAGAUCAAAGUAUUGCAUACUGGAGAUGGGAUGUUACGUUAAAGUUGUAUAAGACAUUGGUGGGGCCUAAUUUGGUGUAUUGUGUGCAUUUUUGGUGACCAACCUACAGGAAAAAUGUAAAUAAGGUUGAAAGAGUGCAGAGAAAACUUACAAGGAUGUUGAGUUAUAAGGAAAGAUUAAAUAGGUGUGGUGAACUACAUAUACCAGUCUGGACACGCCGCCUGCUGACUGCGCCUGUGGCUCUUCCCACAGACCCCUGUAUAAAGGCGAUUGAGGCCUGAGCCUGGCCUCAGUCUCCAGGAUGUCGUAUGGUGGUCACUCACUGCUUGUUCCUUCUUCCAGUCAAUAAAAGCCGAUAUCUCACCUUUAUGUCUCAGAGUGAGGUAUUGAUGGUGCAUCAAUUUUAUUGACUGGAAGUUUUAAAACAUGGAAACCGUUUUACAUCCGGAAAGAUUGGAUUUGGACCCCCAAGACCCUGAGGCAGCUCUUGCCUUUGAACUCUGGCUUGCAUGCUUCCAAUCAUACCUGGAGGAGGUUAGUGCAACUGAACCCGCUGUUAUGCACAGAAUUCUCCUCUCGAGGGUCACCCCGAAAGUUUAUUCAUUUAUCAGAGACCUGCUGACCUACGAAGGGGCACUGGACGCCCUCAAAAGACAGUACCUGCGGCCGGUGAACACCAUCUACGCAAGACAUCGCUUAGCUAUGUGACGACAGCGGCCUGGAGAGUCGAGCGCCCAGUUUCUCCGAGCCCUACAGACACUCGUCAGGACGUGACUGCACAACGCUCACGGCGGAACAGCAUGCGGAGCUGCUAGUACGAGACACCUUUGUGACAGGAAUUCGGUCAGUGUACGUGCGCCAGCGGCUGCUGGAAAAUGCCAAUCUUACCUUACGCUCAGCGAUCGAGACGGCCGACACGCUGGAAGCUGCUCUGCACGACGCUGACGCUGUCCAGCUGCGCAAUUCCCCGCCAAUUCCGUGGACACCUCAGACCCCGCCACCCGCCGGUUCCCGCGAGCGAAUUCGCCAACACUGCUGCCAGUCGUGAUUCCAUUAACUCCCCGAACCUGACCACGGCGGCAGCCAGGCGAAAGCCUGAGCUGUGUUACUUCUGCGGACUCGAAAAGCACCCCUGAAAACGCUGCCCGGCCCGAGAAACGACCUGCUCCAGCUACGGGAAGAAGGGCCAUUUUGCCAAGGUCUGUAAGUCUAAACCGCGAGCGGGGUCGAGCAGCGCUGCGUGUGAGACGUGGAGGCCGCCAUCUUGCAUGCCGGGAUAUUGGCGGCCAUCUUUGUUGGCGUCACCAUGCCCCGCCCCCUACCCGUGUGAGACAUGGGGGCCGCCAUCUUGCAUGCCCAGAUGUGGGCGGCCAUCUUUGUUGGCGUCAAUAUGCCCUGCCCCCGACCCACCGAUGCUUACCGGGUACCGACAGCUGCGCUACUGGCACCACUUGCAGCCUCUCCACCCUCAAGAUCCCUCCCCCAUCGCUGUUUGUCAACCUGACCCCUGACUGUAAACCGGUGGCAACUAAAAGCAGGAGGUACAGUGCAGGGGACAGGGCCUUCAUUCAGUCAGAGGUGCAGCGGCUGCUCGGGGAGGGGAUCAUCGAGCCAAGCACAAGCCCUUGGCAGUCCCAGGAGGUUGUUGUUCGGACUGGGCAGAAAGAUAGGAUGGUCGUGGACUAUAGUCAAACCAUCAAUAGGUUCACUCAGCUUGACGCGUACCCCCUACCCCGCAUCGCGGAUAUGGUCAACCAGAUAGCUCAGUACAAGGUGUACUCGACAAUAGAUCUGAAAUGCGCUUAUCACCAGCUCCCCAUCCGCCCAGAGGACCGCCCCUACACUGCCUUCGAGGCGGGCGGCAGGCUCUAUCACUUCCUGCACGUCCCCUGCGGUGUCACGAAUGGUGUCUCUGUCUUCCAGAGGGAAAUGGACCGGAUGGUGGACCAGUACCGACUGAAGGCCACAUUUCCCUAUCUGGAUAACAUCACCAUCUGUGGUCGCGACUGGCCGGAUCAUAACGCCAACCUCCAACGAUUUCUCCAAGUGGCCGCAGCUCUGAACCUUACUUAUAACAGGGACAAGUGUGUGUUCGGAACCACCCGGCUCGCUAUCCUUGGUACCCAGCAACCAGAAAGGAAGAUACAAUGUCCAAAGAAAAUUCAGGUCCUGAAUGUUCCCACGAUCUCCACUGAGAAGAUAGUGAAUAAACUGACCAUACAUUUCCAGAUACGAAAGAAUGGAGGAGGUGAAGUGCUGGAUGUGGAAUAUCCAACUAGUGUGGAAGGAUGUGCGUUUGUCACCUUUGUGAAUGAGGAAGAUGCAAAUAAUGUCCUAAAGCAAGAACAAAUAUUGGAGGUAGAUAAAGAGCAGUACAAACUGAAGAUAUGCGAGGUGGGAAGUGGAGAGAGUGCCACUGAUAAAGUACAGGUGAUACAGUUUGUGAUUGCAAAACUGGACACAAGCCGCUUUCACACAAAGAUGGUUCAAGAAUUAAUCCUCAGGCACAGAUUUGAAAUUUUAAAUUACCAAGGGUCUGUUGCUGAGAUCAAAGGCUCUUUCUCAUCUUUAAAAGAACUUCGGAGAAUCCUUAUGAAAUACAAUAUCUAUCAGCGAUCACUAAUUGCAGUCACUGAUUCUGGGCAAUCGACUGACAGCAGGGAGCUCAAAAGAGAUCUUUGUACAUCUCUGCCACCUAGAAGUUCUCAAUAAUUACAGUUGGCUCUGGUACAAGCUUGGAUUCAUUAACACCCAGAAUGGUUGCUGUAUACCGCAUUUGCUAGAUCACCUGAAAUAUAAAGACAAACAACACAAUUCUAGGUAAUAUUUUUUCCAAAAAGCAACAUUUUCUGUUAACUUUGGGUUCAUCCUCAUCUGAUGCUGGUUUAUUAUUAUAACAUGUACCAAGAUACAGUGAAAGUUUAGUCUAUACUGAUCAAAUCAUUACACAGGACAAAGAACUGGAAUAAGUUAAAACAAUAUCAAUACAGAAUAAAGUGUAAAAGCUACUGUAAAAGGGCACUGCAGGUACACGAUAAAGUACAAGAUCACAAUGUGGUAGAUUGUGACCAUUGCAUGGAGUCCAUUUAUCAAAUUUGAAAGUUCAAUGUAAAUUUACUACCACAAUACAUAUAGUGCAAGGUUAAAAUAUUACUUCUUUUUCCAAUGUUUCCAUUUAUUUCCAUUUUCCCGAUAGUGCAACACAUACUGUAUAUCACCUUGAGAUUCAUUUUCUUGCAGGCAUUUACAGGAAGGAAAGAAAUAUAAUAUAGCAUUUACAAUAAACAAAAUCUGCCAAACAACCUGUGUGCAAAAGAAGACGAACGGCGCCAACUAAAAAAUAAUAAUGAGAACAUGAGUUGUAAAGAGACCUUGGAAAGUGAGCCUGUAGGUCUGUAGAUUGUAGAAUCAAUUCAGAGUAGUGGUGAUUGAAGUUAUUCAUGCUGGUUUAGGAGCCUGAUGGCUUUAGGGUAAUAUCUGUUGCUGAACCUGGUGGUGUGGAACCUAAGGCUACUGUAUCUCCUGCUUGAUGGUAGUAGUGAGUAGAAGGUAUGGCCUAAAUUCAAGAGUCUGGUACUGGUGGGAGAGAAGCUGUCCUUGAGCCUGAUGGCUUGCACUUGCAGGCUUUUUUUAUACCAGUAACUAAUGUCAACAGGACUGGGAAUGUACUUUCAGAAGCAUUUGUGAUCUUCAGGGUGCGGGGGAUAAAGCAGCCUUUCUGAUGGUGGCAGCAAUCUCUCUUAAAGUGGAUAAGGAAGCCCAUAAACAAAUUCUCAUCUGGCCCAGUUGUUCAUUCCCAAGUGCGUAGAGGUUUGAGGCAGACGUGUACAAAUAUGUAUACAAGGGCUUGGGCUGCUUGAUGCAUCAUUUCAGAGUAUUUAAUGAUUGGAAGGGAGGUGUAAAGUUGGAUCAUGAGAGGGUCAUAAGUUUGGGUGGAGUGGAUGUAGCUUGGAGAUUGGUAGUGUGAAGGAAAUUGUAUUAUCCUGUAGGAAUGGUGGUUAUCCCUGUACAUUAAAGGGCUGCUUCUCAAGUCAGUUCCCACUGCUGCUUGAGAUCUGCUCAUGGAGGUCCCCUUCAAUCAUACAAAAACCGGUGGCAAAUGUUGUGAAGCUUUGCUGCUACGGAAGUGAGGUGCAAGCCACUCCAUGUCAAACAAAAAUCCUGGAGAUGGUCUCCAGAUGUGCUGUACACAUCAUUGAAUGAUACCAACUUUGGCUGGGCUUUUGACUUCUGUGCAACAGAUACACCAUGGAACUUGGAGUUAAAAUUAGUUACCUUGUAACUUUGUCACCCCAUGACAGGAAGGAUGUGAAGGCUUCGGAGAGGGUGCAGUAGAAGUUCACCAAGAGGCUGCCUGGAUUAGAGUAUUAUCUAUAAGUAUAGGUUGUAUAAACUUGAGUUUUUUUUCUAGAUUGUUGGAGGCUAAGAGACAAUUUGAUAAAGGUUUAUAAAAUUAUGGGAAGUGUAUAUAGAAUAGAUAGCCAGGGUCUUUUUCCCAGGCAAAAAUAUCAAAUACUAGAGGAUAUCAUCUGUGUGCACCCCACCCCUGCUCAUGAAGUUCCAUCUAUCACUUACCAACCUCUGCCGCAUCCUUACCUUUCACUACUUUAAACUGGCUCUCCUCUUGCUACACUUCUCAGUCUCGACCUGAAAAGCCAGCUAUCCCUUUGUCUCCACAAAUGUUGCUGAGAUCCUCCAGCAGUUUAUUUUAGGUGCAAGGGUCCAGUGGGAACCAGGCAGAGAUCUUAAUGAGGGGCUGGCAGUCAGAGAGGAUCCACUGGAAGGAUUGUGUCUUCUGCAUCGAUUAUCUCAGAGCAGACUGUCUGAAUUUCAGAUUAUAUUCCUUCACAGUAAAAGAAAAGCAACUGCUACAGUUACCUGCUCUGUCUACAGAAAUGCUUUGUGCUAUCACCCAAGCUCUCUGAAGCAGUCUUUGUGAGAUCUGAAGGAGCCUGAAGGAAAGUAAUAAUGAUUAUGUCUUGAUACUUUCACGACUAGGCAAUGGAAUUCCCAAAACGAAACAAAUCCUAUACUUAAAUAUCUGUGCAUAUGUAUAAUUACCUGUGAAUAAUAAAAACAUAAAAAUUAAGAUUGUUUGAA